AUGGUGAACCUGGGCGACGUGGUGCGCUCACUCCUUGUGCACCUGAUCGGCCUAUUGGUUUGGCAGUUCGAUAUUUCCAUAAGUCCAGUAGCAGCUAUAGUAACUGACACUUUUAAUUCCUCCGAUGGUGGACGCUUGUUUCAAUUUCCAGACGGGGUACAAAACUGGCCAGCACUUUCAAUCGUCGUGAUUAUAAUCAUGACAAUAGGGGGCAACAUUCUCGUUAUCAUGGCAGUAAGCAUGGAGAAGAAACUGCACAAUGCUACCAAUUAUUUCUUAAUGUCCCUAGCCAUUGCUGAUAUGCUGGUGGGACUACUUGUCAUGCCCCUGUCUCUGCUUGCAAUUCUUUAUGAUUAUGUCUGGCCUUUACCUAGAUAUUUGUGCCCCGUCUGGAUUUCACUAGAUGUGCUAUUUUCAACUGCGUCCAUCAUGCACCUCUGCGCCAUAUCGCUGGACCGGUAUGUAGCAAUACGUAAUCCUAUUGAGCAUAGCCGGUUCAAUUCGCGGACUAAGGCCAUCAUGAAGAUUGCCAUCGUUUGGGCAAUAUCAAUAGGUGUUUCAGUUCCUAUCCCUGUGAUUGGACUGAGGGACGAAAGCAAAGUGUUCGUGAAUAAUACUACCUGCGUGCUCAAUGACCCGAACUUUGUUCUUAUUGGGUCCUUCGUGGCGUUCUUCAUCCCGUUGACGAUUAUGGUGAUCACCUACUUCUUAACGAUCUACGUCCUACGCCGUCAAACUCUGAUGCUACUUCGAGGUUACACCGAGGAGGAGCUGCGUAACAUCAGCCUGAACUUUCUGAAGUGCUGCUGCAAGAAGAAUGGCGAUGAGGAAGAGAACCCUCCCAACCCCAAUCCAGACCAGAAGCCCCGUCGAAAGAAGAAACAAAAGCGUCCUAGAGGCACCAUGCAAGCUAUCAACAAUGAAAAGAAAGCUUCCAAAGUCCUUGGCAUUGUAUUCUUUGUGUUUCUGAUCAUGUGGUGCCCGUUUUUCAUCACCAAUAUCCUGUCGGUUCUUUGUGGGAAGGCCUGUAACCAAAAGCUAAUGGAGAAGCUUCUCAAUGUGUUUGUUUGGAUUGGCUAUGUAUGUUCAGGCAUCAAUCCUCUGGUGUACACUCUCUUCAACAAAAUUUACCGAAGGGCUUUCUCUAAAUAUUUGCGCUGCGAUUAUAAGCCAGACAAAAAGCCUCCUCCUGUUCGACAGAUUCCUAGGGUUGCUGCCACUGCUUUGUCUGGGAGGGAGCUCAAUGUUAACGUUUAUAGGCACACAAAUGAACGUGUGGCUAGGAAAACUGAUGACACAGAGCCUGGCAUAGAGAUGCAGGUAGAGAACUUAGAGCUUCCAGUCAAUCCCUCUAAUGUGGUCAGCGAGAGGAUUAGUAGUGUGUAA